GGUGGUGAGAGCAGCCGUUACCUCUCCGACCUCUUCACCACGCUGGUGGACCUCAAGUGGCGCUGGAACCUGCUCAUCUUUCUGCUGACCUACACAGUCGCCUGGCUGGUCAUGGCCUCGAUGUGGUGGGGCAUCGCCUACCUGCGAGGUGACCUGCACCGGGCGCAUGACGACACGUACAGUCCAUGCGUGGCCAACGUGUACAACUUUCCCUCCGCCUUCCUCUUCUUCAUAGAGACCGAAGCCACAAUUGGCUACGGGCACCGCUACAUUACCGAGCGCUGCCCUGAGGGCAUCGUGCUCUUCCUGUUCCAGUCGCUGCUGGGCUCCAUCGUCGAUGCGUUCCUCAUUGGCUGCAUGUUCAUCAAGAUGUCCCAGCCCAAGAAGCGAGCUGAGACCCUUAUGUUCAGCCGUGCCGCAGUAGUCUCGCAGCGGGAUGGCAAGCUCUGCCUCAUGUUCCGUGUGGGCAACCUGCGCAACAGCCACAUGGUGUCUGCCCAGAUCCGCUGCAAGCUGAUCAAGUCCAGACAGACACCAGAGGGAGAAUUUCUGCCGCUAGACCAGUGUGAACUGGAUGUUGGAUUUGGAACUGGAGCUGACCAGCUGUUUUUAGUUUCCCCAUUAACGAUCUGUCAUGAAAUUAACUCAAAGAGCCCCUUCUUUUGUCUCUCGCAAAGAUCACUGAGAAGCGAGCAAUUUGAAAUCGUUGUCAUCCUUGAAGGAAUUGUUGAGACUACCGGAAUGACGUGUCAAGCUAGGACAUCAUAUACAGAAGAUGAAGUUCUUUGGGGUCACAGGUUCCUCCCGGUAAUGUCCCUAGAAGAUGGCUUUUUCCGUGUGGAUUAUUCUCAGUUUCAUGCUACGUUUGAAGUUCCCACUCCUCCUUACAGUGUUAAAGAGCAAGAAGACAACCUGCCCCUAUCAUCUCCUUUGAAUAGUCCUGUCGAUGAUAAAGGCAGAAGAGAACAGCCUUAUUCACUUGACUGUAUUGAUGUUGCAGGAAAGAAAAACAAGCUCUCUCUUAAACAUCAGAAGAUUAGCUUGAGAAAGGAAGACCUUCCAAGAAGAGCCCUUGGAAUGAGUUCCAGUAACAUAAAGAAGACUUGCAGUACUGGCGAUCUCUUGAAAAUUGAAGAAAUAAGUCCCGUCUCUGAUGGUGAAGACGGUGAUGACAGGAUACAGCUGAAAGCCUUAAAAAUAAACGCUGAGGCCUUGACUCAGUCUACUGGCAAUCUUGAGUUACAGAAGAACCCUCCAAGUGUGUGCGCUCUAGAGGUGAAACUGGAAGAUCAUUUUCCUGCCAGACUUUGAAAAAUGAACUCUGAUUGCCUCUCUUAA